CAGGAGCAUGUAUGCACAGUGCAUCCUGCCAGAGAGAAGCGUGCAAGCACUCUUUACUACUGCAAGGUAGAAAGGACUUGAGCAAUGAUGAUGCUGAACUGAUGUAGCUAACACCAGCAUGGACCAUUCCCUGCACGAAAUCACCCAGCCAUUUCUGGAGCACACCAAAUUACAUGGCAUCAGGUACAUUUCCUGCAAGCGUCUCUCAUAUCAGCGGCGGGCGCUGUGGCUUCUGGCUCUAAUUGUCUCAUUGGGGCUCCUGUGCACCUGGUCCUCCAAUCGGAUCAGGUACCUGUUGUCCUCGCCAGUCCAUACCAAACUGCACAUGAUCUGGGCUAAGAACCUCUCAUUCCCAGCUGUCACCAUUUGUAACAACAACAUGCUGGUUCUGCGAAGGAUGACGAAGUCGGACAUCUACCUGACUGGCCACUGGCUGGGGCUGCUGAACAAGAGCCACAGCGUAAACCCCAAUGUUCUCGAAAUCCUCAAGGACAAGCGAUGGAAGUGGGUAGAAAAGUUGCUGGAUUUCUCUCACUUCUUGCCCCCACGAGCAACCGAGAGUGCCAUGUUCCAACUUCUCAAUCGCCUAGGUCACCAAAUCGAAGACAUGGUCCUUGACUGUAGGUUCCAGGGGCGGCUGUGCGGACCACAGAAUUUUACAACCGUGUUCACAAGGUACGGCAAGUGUUACACUUUUAACUCGGGACAAACUAAAGACCAGCCAAUCCUGACUACCUUGAAGGGCGGAACAGGGAACGGUCUGGAACUGAUGUUGGACAUUCAACAAGAUGAGUACCUUCCUGUCUGGGGGGAAACAGAUGAAACCUCCUUUGAAGCUGGUAUAAAGGUUCAGAUCCAUGGUCAGAAUGAACCACCAUUUAUUGACCAGCUGGGUUUCGGAGUGCCACCUGGAUUUCAAACAUUUGUGUCCUGUCAAGAACAGCGGCUCAUCUACUUGCCUCCACCCUGGGGUGACUGCAAAUCCACCCCAAUGGACUCAGACUUCUUUGACACGUACAGCAUCACUGCUUGCAGAAUUGACUGUGAAACUCGGUACUUGGUUGAAAACUGUAACUGUCGGAUGGUACACAUGCCAGGGGAUGCUCCAUAUUGUACUCCGGAACAGUACAGAGAGUGUGCAGACCCAGCCCUAGGGUUCUUGGUGGAGAAGGACAGUCUAUUUUGUACAUGUGAGACGCCAUGCAACAUGACUCGAUAUGGUAAGGAGCUGUCCAUGGUAAAAAUUCCCAGCAAGGCUUCGGCCAAAUACCUGGCCAAAAAGUACAACAAAUCAGAAGAUUACAUAGGGGAGAACAUUCUUGUGCUUGAUAUAUUCUUUGAAGCCCUGAAUUACGAAACGAUUGAACAGAAGAAAGCUUAUGAAGUGGCUGGCUUAUUGGGUGACAUUGGAGGUCAAAUGGGAUUAUUCAUUGGUGCAAGUCUUCUGACAAUCCUGGAGCUUUUUGACUACGUGUAUGAGGUGUUGAAACACAAACUCUGCGGUUUACUGAAAUAUGGGAAACAGCAGAAGAGGAACAACAACAACAAAGGAGUAACUCUCAGCCUGGAUGACAUCAAACGCCAUAACCCAUGUGAGAAUCUAAGGAGCCACCCGGCGGGAAUGACGUACCCAGCGAACAUUCUACCUCACCACCCGCCCCGCAGCACCUUCGAAGACUUCACUUGCUGAUGGCGGAGCCUGACAAUUGGCGACACCCACAACACCCACUUAUCUCACAGUUCAACGAGCAGAAAGGAGAUUGGACUGUCCACGGAGAUUGGGGCUGUCCAAUCCUGACCUACCAAAGUCAUUGAACAAACCUUCUGGAGACACAUUCAAAAGCAAAUCGACAACCCGACUAUGCGCUUGAAACAAAAUGGCAGUAUUGGGGAUGACUGUUCCGUGGACUCCACUCACUAACUUUUCAAAAAAAAAAGAAAAAAAAAACAACUUUUUUCUCUCAUCUAGAGUCAUAUUCCAGUUUUGUAAAAGGGAUUUUUUAUUCACUCUUUAUCGUAAAUGCUUAUGUAGGCCGCUUGUAUUAUCUUGUGUGAUCAUGUUCUUAAGCUUAAUGAAAGCAUUUAGAUCCCAUUUCAUCUCAUCUUGUGAAAUCAUUUGCUGCAGCAACUCAUUCUACCGUGACAGCUUUUGUUCAUGAGUAGCCUUUCACCCCUUCACCAAAUGGUCACUUCACACUAUAGUUCCCUUGCAGUUGGUGGAAGGCACCAAAGAGGGGAAGAGUGGUGCAGGCUUGAUUGAUGGGUUUGUGCUGAAUUAUUCAUUCGUCGCGUAACCAUACAGGUUCAAUCCAAUCUAACACUGAGGGAGCAGCACUGCACGUGGUAAAUCAGUGGAUGAUGGCAACGAGAACCAUCAGUCCAGGUUGUAAAGACAGUUGGUACCUCAUCCGUUUUGUACUGCUGCCCGUUUGGUGCUGCAUCGCGUUCUUUUACCCCUUGAAGAAACGAUGCAGGUUCCUGUCUUCGAUGAAUGCUUUUGCUUCUGCAGUGCCCAGUGCGGUACCGCAUGUGCUUUCCCAGCCCAAUGUUCUUGACGUUGCCUAAGAAAGCAGAAUAAAGCUUGUUGAGAAGAAGCUGGCGAUAGAUGGAAGGUCAUAAAGAGGAAAAAGUUGGAAAUCCAAAGAGCUUCACUCCGUGUCUGACCCCCGAUGGUACAUGGCAGGAACGGGUAGAAGGAGCUUCACUCCAUGUCAGCUAUGGCCCACAGCAAAGACUGGGCAGACCUUAUGGCACCUGCAGGAAGAGAAUGGUUUGGACUUAAUGCUGACCUUGCGUUAGAAACAGAAGCACUGUGGCAAUGAUCAUGGGCUACGUUUCCAUCAAAUCACAGUGGAGAUAAAGCUCCCUCGCUCUGGUUUGGGUUAGUUUGACACAUGACCUCCAUGUAAAUGUUACUAAAAGGAAAUAGAAGAAUUAAAAUAAAACACCCAACCCUCAUCCACUGCCUAAACAGAGAGUAGAGUCGGUGUUCUCAGAGAGACAAACACUGUAACACAAAGCUCCAUGAAAGUGAUAUUUUGCCCCCAAUGAAUGUUGGUGACCACUGAGUGAGACAGGAUUUCAGUUUCUUGGACAGUUCCUGAGAUGCUCUCACUGCUCUUGGAUUUGAAUACCACACCGCUGCCUGGUCUGCUAUUCUCGACUGCUACCUUUGCUAAGGAUCCUCAGUGAAGGGUCGAUGCUGAUAGGGCAGGAUGCCACCAACAAUUAUCAAGGAAAAUAGGUAUACUGUAUAUUGUACAAAGAAGUGGAUUCUUAAGAGCCCUGCAGAUCAUAGAAGUGAAUGACAAUGGCAUCAAGGGUCAAGGAACUCAGAGUGUAGCCAGGAUACAGAUGAACCAUAAGCAAAUUAAAUAGGGGAGCAUGCAUGAGGAAGAGCCGGCUGGUGGCGUAGUGGCAUCAGUGCCGGACUUCGGAGCGAAGGCUCCCGAGUUCGAACCCAGCCGGCUCCCCGGCACGCUUUCCAUCUGUGCUGGGUUGAGCGUCGAGCUAGCAACUUGACCUUGUAAAAAAGAAAUUGCCUGCUACAGAAAUAUCAACAGCAAAAUGUUGAUGGCCUAUGUUCUCUCGUGAGUUUAAAAGGCAAGGAAUGAGGAAGUCUUCCUGUUCCUAACAUUUGCCAUAAGGUGGGAUUCUCUCCCAAGGCAGUCUCACUCCAGAGGAUGCUAAUAGAAGGUGUCAGUGACCUAAGGUGAUCCUUUCUCAUUGACUCUGAGUGCUGGACUGCCAGUUCAUUCCUGCUUUUCAGUUGUUACAUGAUGUCUGGAAUCGCUUAAGCAAGGGACACCAUCCACCAGCUCAUGCCUGUGAUGACCACCAUUCUGGGUUUCAGUUUGCCCACUCUGGGUGGAAUGUUGAUCAGGGACAGGGCAAUUCAGAUCCCUCCCUAGAGCAGCAGGUGAAUGAGGGGUCAGGAGUUGUGGAGGGAAAAAGAGAGAACUGAUCAUCAAACCUGACAUGGUUUGAAUUUAUUAAUCAAGAUACAUAGCUGGGCUACUGCACAACUAAGUGUUGAAUACAAUAUUAACCUCUAAACUUCAGAUCACUUUUGUGAUCUGAGGUGAGUAUGAAGCUAUUUAGUGGCCUGCGCACAGCCAAGGACAGUAGGAUUCCGAUAUGGUUUUGUGAACAUACUUGCACCUCUCUUGCUCACAGCAAGCCUUCAAAACCUCAUCUCUGGUUGUAGCACCUUGAUUGCGCCUGGACUUGGGGCAGACUCCAUACUUUCUAUUUAUCAAAAAAUAAAACCAUGUCAUUUGACAGCAAAUUUAUCCCUGUUCCCUCCUAGGCAAUUAUUCUUCAUCUCUAGACGCCCAGCUUGUAGUAACUGUCCAAAGCAGCAUGAUGGAAUUCAGGAGCUCAGUGUCCUGGUCCAGCAUUGGUCUGGAAUUGGGCCAUUGACCAGCUUUUAGUCAGUCAUUGAGUUGGAAAGUGAUUAGCACAUUCCCAUCUGAAUCAGAACUCCAAGACAGGAGACAACACUUUCUUUAGACUUUAGUGUGUGGUGACCAUUGCUGUAAGCAACACAGAACAUAAUUGAUUUCAGCAUGGAUUAUCAUAGUAAAACCUUGGUUAACCACCACGAGAGGUUCUCCACUAUUGUAUUAUACUCUUACAAACCUGUCAUGCAAGACAAACCAUCUGAUGUUUGAAGAAUCUCAACAGAGUAAUCUGUGUGCUUGAAUUUAUCUUAAGGAAACUUCAGUCUCCACUUUGGAGAGGAGGUGAAUUGGUGAUUAACGUCAACAAAGGACUAACAAUCUAAUUCAAACUGCAGAGGUAAUCAUUUGAAACUAGCCUGACAUUAAGUAAUGUGAAGCUCUGUACUAAAUAUUAAGUUCGUUGGCAUUUUAAAUGACUGUCAGAGUCAUGGGAGUGUAAAUUGAUUUCAUUCCAGUGACUGGAACCAACGGCCUCCUACUUCUCAGAAGACGUGUCAUGGUUAGCUGGCAGCUAAGAGUCUGUAAGGCAAGGGGAUUCUUCAUGCACUGAUGAUCAGCCAGGAUACCUGUGACAAGCAAUUGGAGCACAGUGACCUAAAACAGAAACAAAGCCAGCAGUACUGUUGGUGUCAGCCAUGACCAGAUUUAUAUUGACUUGGGACAUUAUAAAAGUGAGCACAGACAUCUCUUGCUAAUGUGUCUUUCUCUACACUGGAAAUAGUUAGCCAAAGGCAGAGAAAUAAGAAGGAUUUUGAGAUCUCCCGUUAAUGUGGGAUUGGUACCACAUUGAAAACACUGGUGUAUUUUAAAGAAGUUUUGGAUUUGGGAAGUGCAGUACCUGGGCCUCUCAGAUUCAGGCUUCUAGUCACUCACUGAAAAUGUGCCUUUGGUCUUGGGUGGUUUUCCUGGCCCAUCGUGAAGGGAGAGAUGACCUUGGUGCUGUUCUUGCUGGGAUUACAGAAUAAAGCAGCUUUAACAAUGCAUCCAUUGUAAACUGGCGUUUAUAGCCAUGAAAUAGUUGACCUCACCUUGGGAGAAUUAGGUGAGUAGAUGUGGUGAAGAAUAGAGAUGUUACAUUGCUUCUCAGCUGAGAUGACACAUAAUGACCGUGGGAGCAUCGAACAUUUAUGUUAACUGCUGAUUCUGAUGGAUUUCAGAAGGCUGGCUGCUGAUAAUGGGUGUGAAAAAAUUGGUAACCUUUUGCUACUGUUAACAUUAUUCAGCAAAAGAAGAACUAACAGCCAGUCUUUGCCUUGAAAGAAAAUGUUUGUCCAAUUCCGCCCCCCCCCCCACUUAAGGUAAGAAUUUUUUUAGGUGAAUUACCAAAAGCUGCACUUAGACCAGCCCAGUGGUGAAUUUCUAAUUCCUUGAUUGCAAAGUACUAUUAGAACCAGCGCCUUAACCAUCCUCAGUGCUGAUGCUUUGUAUAUUGAUAUUGGUUUCCUCAAUCAGGUAGACCACUUGCUUGAAGCUUUUAAGAAGCGUCUUGCCUCAUACAAGGAGGAGAAGUAUGAAAAUCUUCUCAAUAAGGUCUGUCAGCAUUGGCAGAUGCCACUCAAUCCACAUAUGGACAGAAAUAGAAGUUCCAAGGCAAACCUCUUUCCGCCCUUUUUCCAGGACCCUGCUAACCAACAGAGAACCCCCAACCUCCCUCCUGCAAUAACAACUUCCAACUUGAACUUACUUAGCCAAUGGUCUCAGAGCCUUCACACUGCCUGCAGUUCUCCAGUCUCCAAGUGACAAUCCACAAGAAAGCUCUGACAGUCAUUUAAAUGUUUGUUUUUUGUUAAAUGUAAGAUAAAGGAGUGAUACCUAGGGAGCAAAUUGAAACCAAGCCAAUACCGUCAAGCCUGUGCAAUUCCUGUUAUGUAUCAGUCCCGCCAAAUAACAUCAGAUACAAUACAUUGACUUGCAUCUUAUUCACUUAGCUUAAUGUGUUAUGUAUAGAAACCAUUAGAUGCUCUUAAUAUUACAAAGCUAUUGUGCCAUUCCUUGUUACUGACUUCAGACUGCCUUUACUUGUAUGAGGAACAAAACAAAACAUUUAGCCUUUAACAUGGAAUCUAUAUGUACUAUGUACAAAUUUUAUUCAGAUAAAGCACAAGGGUACAGAAUGGUAGAGUACGAUGGGUGAUUCACUAUUUUAUCAUUGGAAAACAUGGGAGCUGCAAUGAAUAGUUUCUGUAGCUGAAGCACCAUUGUCUCUUCCCGAAUUUUGAUUGGCAGACUGUAGUAUUUUACUAUUCUGGAAGGUUGGUCUUGAUUCGGAAUUCACACACACACACACACACACACACACACACACUAAAUUGUCCAAAGAGAAAAGACAAGGGGAUUUUUAUGGUAAUCUUAGAAUGCUAGGUGAAGACUCAGCUCAAGAAACCUCAUCACUGGUCUUCAGAUCUUCAUUCUGUUGCUUUGUCUAAGCUCAAGACAAUGGCUGUUCAGUGAGGCAAAAGUUGCCCCAUUGGAACAAAGCAUUUCAUCAGUGACAUUGGCAGCAUUCCAUCAGCUAGUCAUGGUGGGCCUGCUGGAGUGAAAGGGUGGCCUCGUGAAGGAUCGGGAUAUCUUGAGUAGUUAGGGUCAGUUUUGGGUACACAUGCAGUCAAAGAGGUUGGAGCUUUCAAAUCACAGAGAUCAUGGCUUCUUGUGAGAAAACCAAUUUUCAAGUAUAUUGUACCUGCCAUCAAUAAAGAUGCCCUUCUUUACAUAUAUGAUAUUAAUAAAUAUAUAUCAUAGUA